AGCGAGGGUCUGUGUCUUAGUCUUGAACUUGGAUGUAAACAAAAAAAAACAGAGCCGGGAUCGGAGAAGAUUUGUGUCUUAUAGUCGCGAUUCUUCCGAGAUGGACGUUGGAGUGUCCAAGUCCCAUGUGUUUCUCAACUACAGCCCCAGAGCCCUCUUCUCCCAGUGGAGCAUCCCGCUGGGUGCACAGCGUAUCAUGGACGCAGUGAAGGAGGGUCACAAGAGCACCCUGAGCUCGGGCAAGAUGGUGGCUCUUGCCGCGGGGCUCUCUGUCGGGGCCACGGUGGGCUACAUCGUCUAUCGCCAUAUGAGCAGCUCCAACAGCAGUCCGGAGCCCAACACUGAGAUGUCCAAGAUGACACUUCCAGUAGAAGUUUACAGGAACAUAUCCAGAUACCAAGCCAAGUUUUUGGACAUGGUGAUCCAGAAGUCUGGAGCCCAUGUGAGGCUUUUGUCAGAUUCAGGGGAGCCUGGAUGUAAGACGACUGUAUGCUUCCUGCUGCAGGGCUCUAAGGAGCAGGUCCUGCUGGCCCGCUGUGUCUUGGAGAACCUGGUCACUGACUGUGAACCAGUGUCCGAGGCUCUGGAAGUUCCUCAGACGGCCUUUGGACGUAUAAUAGGCCGUGGGGGGGAGAGUUUGAAGCUGAUCACCAGGACCACAGGGGCCAAAGUAGCCUGUUCCAAAGAGAAGACGCAGGGCCCUGGGGCCAAGGGCAGCGUGACAAUCACUGGGACCAGACAGGAGGUGGAACAGGCCAAGGAGCUGAUUCUAGAAAAAGUCCGAGAGGACACGGUGGUGAGGACGAAGAUCUCCCAGUCUUCCGCCCUGCGGCAGAAACGAGGCCACACUGCUGUGAAUCAGAGGCCAGACAGCACAGGGACCGAAGCGCCAGUGGGCCUGAACAACAACGGCCCUUACGCCCAGACGGAGAAAAACGGGCACAUCCAUGCCAACGGGACCGCAGGAGAACCAGAAAAUAGUUUUGACAAGAUCGAGGAGCUGAAAAUCACCAACACAGACAACAAGCAGGAGGAAGAGGAUUCGGAGGAGAGCGUCUCUGCAGACUCUCUCUCUGAAAUUUCCAAGUUUGAAAUUCCCAGCCCAGACCUGAGCUUCCAGCCUGACGAGCAUCUAGAGGUUUAUGUUUCUGCAUCGGAGAACCCAAACCACUUCUGGAUCCAGAUCCUGGGUGUCCGUUCCCUUCAGCUGGACAAACUGACAGAGGAGAUGAACCGUUUCUACAACAGUGGCAACCCCACCGAGCAGAGGGUGGAGACCAUCGUGGUGGGGGACAUUGUGGCUGCUCCAUACCACGAGCACGGCACAUGGAACAGGGCCAAGGUGCUGGGAGUGCUGGCAUCUGGUCUGGUGGACCUUUACUAUGUUGACUUUGGGGACAACGGGGAGCUGCCAAGAGACAGCCUCUGCCGUAUGAGGAGUGACUUCCUCAGCUUACCAUUCCAAGCUAUUGAGUGCAACUUAGCAGGAGUGAGACCAAAAGGAGAGAUGUGGACUGAGGCAGCCCUGGAUGAGUUUGAGCGGCUGACGUACUGUGCCUGCUGGAGACCCCUGCAGGCCAAACUCUGCAGCUACUCUCACUCUGACAUCUCCUCCUGGCCCAGUGUCAAGCUCUACGACAACAGCCAGGGCAAGACUGUAGAUAUCGAUGAGGAGCUCAUACGGCUGGGCCACGCUGUCAGCUUUCAGGAAGCGGUGAACGGCAGAACUGAGGGCGGCAAUCUUGGCUGUCUACAGAGGAUGCUGGAUGACGUAAUAGGAGCAUCAUCGGAGCUAAGUCUCUCCUGUAUCAGCUUAUCGGAAGCUGCUUCGAUCUCAGGAAGCGUCGAUGAUGUCGUAGAAGAUGACUUGCUCUGAGACCAAAGACGUAUAAAUAUCAAGCACUGACCAUCCACUCCUCAGCAUCCUGUUCAAAAUGAGAUGAAGGAGACGUUUUCCUUGUCUGACCCCAAACUCAAAUCCUCAUCGUGAAGCCUUACCAACAGUUCUUUCAGCCAUAUUCACUUUAUUGUCGUUACUGCAGUACCAUUCUUAUGUUUUGCCUUUUAUGCCGUUCUGUUGUACCCAACGCUGCUUUGCUUAUAGUAUGUGUCGUUACUAUAUUUUGCGUUCAAGAAAUGAAAAGAGGAACAAAAACACAAUGCCAGUAUUAUUUUUGAAAAGCACUAUGAUCAGUCACUGGAACGAGAAGGCAGCUGGUUCGCUGAUAAUGUCUAGUUUCUUUCUCGACUUAUAUGUAUAUUAAGAUUUAAUGGCCUGUAUAUUGGGCUUCACAAGUUAUUCUAUUUUGGAAACCAUAAAGUAUUAUUAUUGAAUGUGGUCCACAGAUUGUGUUCAGUAUAAAAAUGUGGCAUCUACUGUAUCAUUAACUAAGGACAGAGGAAAGUGGUAGUUUGUCUUCAGAGGUGUAAUAGACUGCACUAUAUAUAAUAAAGGAUUUAUUUUAUGUCACAA